UUCUGAAAUGCCAAAUCGAUGGGAAAAAAAUUCAAAAAUCAUUAGAAGGAUUAUAUUUUCGAAAUAAUAAAUGUUAAGCUUUUAAUUAAUAAACUUUGCGAUUCUACCAGCUAUUGUUAAGCGUGACCGUAGUAUUAAAAUUAUAUAGUGUAAUUGUAACGGAAAAUAACGAAAUAUUUAUAAAUUAAUUUGCCGUUAAGUUAAAAAAAAAAAAUUUGAAUAUAAAAAACGUACUAAAAUGGAUUUUUAUGGAAAUACCUAGUGAAAAUAAAGAAAUAUCUUGUGAAGAAAAUCUCAAGUAAAUUCCAAACCGCAACGUUUUAAGUCAUGUUUGAAAACGACAACAUUGCCAGCAGCUUUGAGCUUACAUUGGCGCGCGGAAAGAAGCAAAACAGCUGCUCACCAGUAUGGAUGUAUAGUAUAGGCGAGGCCUUUGUUGGCUUAUCCGCGGCCGAUGAGUUGCCAGAGGGUUAUGCAACUAGCGUGGGUUAUGGUGAACGCUUUCGCAAUGCUGAAUUCCUGCCACUAUUUUCCUACUAUCCACUACUGAUUUAUCUGCUCAUUUUAGGCGUUCUAGUGACCAUAUGCGGUAUUGUCUACACCGUAUAUCGUUGGAGAGUGGGCACGCCGCUUUACCGUUACUUGCAUAAUGAAAUCAGCAAGGAAUUGAACAUGUGGUUCUGCAUGUGUUAUGUUUUGGUCGUGAUAACUUGCGUGUUCUUACUCUUUUCAAUUGCAAUAAUGCUCACUGCUAAUAAAAAUAUCCAGAAAGCGAAGGAAGAACGCGCUUGGCGUCUGCGACUCGCCGAUGAAAGCAUCAAUGAAAUCAUAAGCAAUAUAGACAAUGUUAAUUUUGCAAGUCCUUUAAAGCAGCUCAAUCAACUCUCGACGAAUUUUCAACGCGCCAUUGAAAAAAAAGCUCUGCCUUACUUAGAUGAAAGCUUUCGUAGCGUCAAUAAUUUGGAUCUUGUGAAUUACAAAAGUGAUGUGAACGAAUUAUUGGAGACCUUCGCGCACAGUAACGCCUAUAUGUUGCAUUUCUUGGACUCUUGGCGCUACUACGACACAAAUGCGACAAAAUUCGCCAGGAUUGUGGAUACCAUGGAGAGUCGGAAAGCUUUGCAAUCGGUACGACGGGUAAGAGAAGAUUUCGCCAAUGUCGUAUAUAAGGUUGUACAACAAAAUCGCGCUUUCUACAACUAUCAUCGGCAGCUUGCAACAUUAUCCGACGAGUUGGUAGCGAAACAUGUCAGUAAAAACGUAAAAAAUCUGCAAUUCGCAGAUGCGUUCGAUAAAAAUUUAAAAAAUGUUGAAAUCAAAUUGAGAGCACUCGGCACCAGAUUGCAGGAGCGCGCAAAUAAGAUCUAUGAACUCAAAGAAAACCUGCGUGAAGUCGCAGCGGGCGCAGGUUAUAUCGAAUUUUCCGAUGCACUCGCAAAUUUUGGAUAUUUUGUAAGCGUAGUAAUGCUGUUGAUAGUUUUGAUUGCACUGCUAUUCAUGCCACUUUGGUACAUUGGCUCACGAUAUAAAUGCCGCAAAUGUAAAUGGAUUGGCAGUAUUUUGCCGCUGACCACUGCAGCUUUCAUAUUUGUAUUCUAUCUGGUAUUUGUGUUGGCAAUAAUGUACUACUUUCUGCAUGGCAUGGUGGCAAAGGAUGGUAUAUGUGAUGGAAAGCGCCUACCGGAUACUGCCAGAACCGAUAUAAUCGAAGAUUGCAUAAGCAACACUGUAUUAUACCGAAACGAUAAUCACACGAGUACCGAAAGCGACUACGACAUUGGCACGCGUGAUAUCGAAGCAGCAUUGAGGCAAAUUGAGAAUCUGCCGAAGCGUGUGAAGCGCGCCACAGCAACCACACCGAGUCCCACCGACGACUUUGCGAAGUUUCGCAUCAACAAAACCAUAAUUCAGGACAUUUAUGUGGAAAUGCUGAAAGUCGCCGUUUAUGCGCCCAAAAAUAUAGAACCAUUCGGUCUGAUCUGGCAUGCCAAUCGCUUGAGUAAGAAUAAAGCUUUGCAAGCGCUCAACUGUACACAUGCAAUCGGCCAUACAAUGGCGGUGUCGCUGCAUGGACAAGUUGCCAGCGAAAUGGAUAAGUUGUAUAGAACUACCUGGCGCGUGGAGGCACUACUACAAGAUCUACCCACGCAACUGAGAGCAAAUAGAGAUGGCACUGAUGAUUUGGACGGCAUAACGGAACUAGCGAAAAAUUUGCGUACGAUCUUCAAUGCGGGCAAAGAACAAUUGAGCAGAGGUAUAGCAAACUCGGAGAGGGCAAAGCUCGCUGAUUGUGAGCCUGUAGCGCAGCUCUAUAAGGCACUAAAAGUGCCGGCUUGUGAAUGUCUGGUGCCAUCAAUGAAUCUCUUCUGGUUUGGUGCAUUUGUCGCGAUUUGCCUGUUGCUACUGCUCCUGGCUCUUAUACUGUGUCUAGAAGAGAUGAUUCGAAGAUCUUCCUUGCUAAAUAGAAAGUCAAGACAUCGUUUAAAUAGUAAAAGCUUGUCACAAAUGAGCCAACGUGAUAGAGGAGUAUCGCGCACACGAAGCACUAGCCGGCCAGGUACAGCACAUUCCACAAGUAACACACCCUAUUCUACACGCAACAAUACACCAUAUUCCACACGCGCCGGUACACCACAUUCCACGCGUCCCUCUUCGCCAUACUCCAAUCGCUUGGACACACCAUACUCCACCCGCGCUACAACACCUUACACCAGUAAUCCAGACACGCCUUACACUUCCCGCACAAACUCACCACAUGGCCGCCGUCGCGAUACACCACACAGUGGUCAUGCCUCACCGCACACAAGUAACGCUGGGACACCGCAUUCCACACGCGCGAGAAGUAACGAACGUACGCCCACGAGAGGUACGAGUUUGGCACUAAAACAUCCACCUGAAAAUGCUCCACUUUUUGUGGACUACCAAAGAUAUGGUCUAGAAGAUCCUUUUGUUGAACAAUUUACAGAACGUCUGAGUCGGCGUGACAUGUUGCCACGUCAUCUGCAACGAAAACAACAACACCCCAGUCCAGGAGAACGCGAUAUGAAAGACAACUUUACAUUCGAAUCAUAUCCGAUAAUGCCGCCUAAGGUACAACGCAGUCGAUCGCGUGAGCGUAAGCCCGAGAAGCGCAAAGAGCCGAGAAAUGUGUGGAAAAAUGAGGCUUUUCGUUAUCCCGGUCCAGCAGGUAGUUACCUCAGCACAAUUCAACCUUUUGGUGGACCUAGAAGCGCAUCGCAAACACUGGAACAACGUGCGCGAAGUCAGCCGAGAGAGCGUACAGCAAAGGAACACACUCAUCACAGAGAACCAAAACUAAUAGCACAGGCGAGCACAAAUGAGACAUUGGGUGAGAAGCCCACAACUAGUGGUGCGAAACCAAAGAUAAAAUUGCCACCCGGCAAGGUGGGCGUCGUUGUGUGCCCCUGCGGUUGUGGCAAGCCUUCGAAAAUCUAUGGCACUAAGCAAGAUAUCGAACGUAUCAGAAAGGCUGGACGAGUUUGCAUAGCGAAACGGGGAGAGCAAUUGAGAGAUAAAAGACUAAAGCCGCUCGCAUCGGUUGUAGAGUUGAAGGGAAACGAGGAAGGCAAUGAGGACAUGGUUUAG